ACCGACUUUAUUCACAGCCGUGCGACGGACAGUGUAACAACAACAACAAUAACGACGACAAUCGCAUACAUGUUCGUAUACACGUACGCAUGUGUGCUACCAUAAUCCUGCCGCUCUCGUUUCGUCUGUGAAUAUCCCGCGAGAAACUGCCCCCGUGCGCAUUGAUUCUCCCCUAGAAGGGUUGUUGUUUCACCGCUAACGGGUACGCGAGUUAGCGAGAUACCAGCACGUUGACCUGCAUCACUUAGUGUGGCCGCAAGAUGUAUUAUCUGCAGCUGGCCGUGCUCUGCGUGACGGUGGCCAAUGUUAUUGGUGAUCUCCCACCGGGCACGCGGCGCAACACAUAUCUGCCGCCAGAGCCGACGAAGGGCGGUUACACGUACAGCAAACCCCCGGUGCAAUUUCCGAAGCCCACGCCGAGCUUCCCCGGGUCGAGACCGACGCCGACCUUUCCCGGGCCGAGACCGACGCCGACCUUUCCCGGGCCGAGACCGACGCCUAGUGUUCCCAGACCGACGCCGACCUACGGCGUGCCCAGGCCGACGCCGACGUACGGCGUACCCAGGCCGACGCCGACCUACGGCGUACCUAGACCGACUCCCACACCUGGUUAUCCGACCUAUACUGGCCAAGGGACCGGUAUUAACGGGAAUACUAUCGAACCUGCUCACGAUCAUCAUCAUCACGAACCCGGCAUGCCCUUCGACUUUAAUUACGCCGUGAAGGAAGAUGCUUUCGGCAAUGAUUAUUCCCACAACGCUAUUAGCGACGGCGAUAUCGUUCGUGGCGAAUAUAGAGUGCAACUUCCGGACGGCAGAACGCAAGUCGUGCGAUACACCGCUGAUUGGCAACACGGCUUCAGCGCACAGGUGUCUUACGAUGGAAAUCCCCGUUAUGACAUACCUCGACCGGGCGGAGAUUUUCGAGGCUACUAGCUUUAGCGUCGAGUCUAGGGUUGUUCAAUUUCCGUCAAAUAAAAAAAAAAAAAUAAUAAUAAUAAAAAAAGAAACUACAGCACAACGAAUCGUUAUACUGCAUAUAACGACAUUCUAAAAAAGAAUCAUUAAACGUAACAAAAAAAAGAAUGUAUGGUGAAAGAAAAAUGCUUACAUAACUUCUGUCAAAGUUUACCUUCACUCAAUAAUAAUCUUUCGCAAUCUUCACAAUAAUAAUAAAAACAUUUAUCUGCAUUUUUGAAUCUUAGUCACGCUCGUGCGCGCAAAAAGCUUUCAAAAAUAUUUUUAUAAUUUAAAAACUAUUAAUGUUGUUAUAUUCUUGUGUGUGUGUAGAUUUAUUCCUUAUAUAACUUUGCAAGAAAUAGCAAUAUUCUUUCCACCAAUUUUGGGGCAAACUGUACAUCAGCACAAGCCAACCUUCCUUUUCAUUUCUUUACAGACUUUUAAAUAGAUAAUUAAAAAAUGUAAUUUUCUGCACUAUUUAAUUUGUGCUAUACAAUCAUUAUUACAUUUUUAUUUUGAUUAUAGAUACUUGCAGAUUAGUUCACGAAUCAUGAAAGAUUGGAUCAUGCGGAUCUAUAUUAAACUUUCUAUACGCGGGCGCGCGAUUGUAUAAUAAAAUUAUGUUUGUUUAGCACUGUUUUGUGAUAAAAAUUUACAGGAUGAAAGAAAAUAGAGAAUAUAAAGCAAAUAGAAAAUAAAUAUAUAAUAUUCUUCGUUUAUGCUUUUCUGUCUUAUUUUGCACGCUAAAACUCGUUUUGUUUUCAGUAUUUGAAAUCUUGAAAUGAAUGAAGAUUCUCUAAGCAAUGUUAGUAUAGACAAUUACUACAAAUUAAUAUUAUAUAUAUAAAAUUAAUUCGCGAUUGAAUUAUGUAAUGAGGCGAUUAUAUACUCAAGAAGAAAAAUUUGAUAUUAUAAUAAAAUUU